UGAGUGUUACCAAAAAUGAUCAAUAGGUGUAUUUCAAUAAUUUGCCUGUUUUCACUUAUCUUAAAUGCACAAGCCAGGCCAGAGCCACCCUCGCCUUACACAUAUUUACCACCAUCGAUAAACCAGAAUAAUGUAUGGGCCCAAAAUCAACAACAACAACAAGUCCCAAUUAAUUCUUAUGGAACACCAGUUUUGACAACUUCUAAUCAAGUAUCGAAUAUUGCACCAAACAGAAAUUAUGGCAGUCCAGAUCUGAUUUAUUCCAAUCAAUCGCCGGCUGGUGCUUUAACAACUUUACCAUCCCCAUCUUUGGGAACUGUGCAGAAACACAUUUACGUGCAUGUGGCGCCGCCUGAUGUCGACGAAGAACGAAUUCAAAGGCUACAGCAAGCAGCCUCAGCUCAAAAACACUACAAAAUAAUUUUCAUCAAGACCCCUACCUACUUGACACAGGCCGAAUACGCUCAACAACAACAGCAAUCGUUGCAACAAGAAAAGACCCUCAUCUACGUCCUGGUGAAGAAACCAGACGAUCCGCUAGAAGUGAGGGCCAAUCAAAUAGCUCAGCAAGCUUCGAUCAACAAACCUGAAGUGUACUUUAUUAAGUACAAAAGUAAAGUACAAAAAAGCGUUGCUGAUAGUGGGGAUAAUAAUGAUAAUGAUUCAGUGGUUGUGGAUAAUUCGCUUAUCGGAAAUAAUGUGCAAAGUCAGAAUCAAGGCUAUCAAUAUAAUCGUCCUAGAGAGAUUUUGAAGUGAUUUGUUUAGGUAUAUGUAUUAUAUUUCAUGUUUUUUUAUCUACAAAAUAUAUAUUUUUUU